UUGCCCCUCAAGGAGGGCCAGCAUCACUUUCAAGCACCCAGUUGUAGAAGGCUCUCAGGUGAUUGGUGUGUGUCAACCUCACUCCAGGGCCUCUUGGAUGGGAUCCGGCCACAAGGAACCAUGAACCUUUCGCUUUGGUUACUUUACUUCCUGCCAGUGUCUGGGGCCCUGAAGGUCCUCCCAGAAGUACAGCUGGAUGUCGAGUGGGGUGGAUCUGUUAUCAUCGAGUGCCCACUCCCUCAGACACGGGUGAGGAUGUAUCUGUGCCGGCAGAUGACCAACCCUGAAAUAUGCACCACUGUGGUGUCCAACAACUUUGUCAAGAAGGAAUAUGAAAGGCGAGUCACCCUGAAGCCAUGCUUGGAUAAGAAGCUAUUCCUAGUAGAGAUGACACAGCUGACAGAAAAUGACAAUGGAAUCUAUGCCUGUGGUGUGGGCAUGAACACAGACCUUGGCAAGACCCAGAAAGUCACCCUGAAUGUCCAUAACGAAUACCCAGAACCAUUCUGGGAAGAUGUACCGACAUCUGAGCCACCAAGACGGUUGUUCAGAUUUCUGCAGCAUCAGAUUCCGUGGCUCCAUAUGGGUGAACAUGCCAGCUCUUCUGGAAUCAUAUCCAAAGUAACCACACCAACUCCAAAGACUGAGGUCCCUCUGGUUCACCAGCCCUCCAGCAUCGCUUCAGUAACCCGCCAUCCCAGAGUUUACAGAGCAUUUUCUGUAACAGCUACCAAGUCCCCAGCGCCCCUACCAGCUACCACAGCCUCAAAGACCUCUACUCAGCAAGCAAUCAGGCCCCUGGAGGCCAGCUACAGCCACCACACCAGACUUCAUGGGCAAGGGACACUCCACCACGGCCCACAGUAUGGGAGAGAAGACCGAGGGCUUCACAUCCCCAUCCCAGAAUUUCACAUCCUGAUUCCAACCUUCCUGGGCUUUCUCUUGCUGGUUCUUUUGGGACUAGUGGUAAAAAGAGCGGUUCAAAGGAGGAGAGCCUUCUCCAGACGAGCGGGCCGACGGGCGAUGAGGAUGCGAGGCCGGGGGGCUUCCCGCCCGAACCCCUCACAGCGCCGCGAUGCCCCACAGAGGCCGCGCUCGCAGAACAAUAUCUACAGCGCCUGCCCCCGGCGCGCACGGGGACCCGACAGCGUGGGUCCAGCGGAUGCUCCACUCCUCCACGCCGCAGCCACAGCGUCCCCCGCCCUGCCGCAGGUACUUGAAACUUGUUGGCCCCAGACCCCACCUCUGAAGAUGAGUUGUGACUACACGAGUUUGUGCCACCAGCCUGCUGUCAACGUGGAAGACCCUGACUCAGACGAUUACAUCAAUAUUCUUGGCCCACCUCAUCUCCCUAGCUACCUCCCAGGACCUAGACCUUCAUGCCAAUGAGUCCUGCUUGUUUGCUGAUGCACUUUUUGCUUAUAAGAUCUUUGUCACCUCCUCUGUCCCAUACCCUAACUCGACUCUCACCUGACUAUCUGAAUGCCUUGAGAAUGAUCAAUUACAAGCUAAUUUUUUUACCCCA